AUGCGGUGGUUCGCACGUCGGAAGGGAAGAGGCAUCGUGGAGACUCUAAACCUAUACAUCUCGCGGGCGCAAUGCCAGCCGUGCGGUCAGCAAUGCCGACGAAUCCCUUCCUCCAAGACGGUGCUGGUGCUGCCAGAGCCCAAGGUCUCGUGCGCAGGCACUGCAGAGCGCGCGGCUGACGAGGCCGAGCAGCUGCUGCGAGGCGAGUGCAGUGAGGCACCGCUCAGAGCAGUUCCUGCUCUGCGCUGGUGUUUUUGGGCAGCGGUGCUGGUCGUGGUGGCUGUCGUGUGCUUCGCCGUCGGCCCCGCACCAAGGGGUGCUGGGCUUCGUCCGGAGAGUGCCCGCGUGACGCAGGCCUAUGAGCUGCAGAACGCCUCGCAGGCGAGUUUGAAGGGCCUCAAAGGCCUGGGCCUGGGCGGAGUGAGCCUCGGUGGAUGGCUUUGCUUGGAGGACUGGUUCUUUUCCAUGGGCAAAGGCAGGCUUGUCUCCAGUGCUCACGAGCAGGGCCAAGGGUAUGCGUUGCCUCCCCGAAUACCCUUGAUGAACAGUCCGUGGACAUCCGAAGGAUUGCUCACGCGACAGCUCAUCAACGAGCAUGGUCAGGCUUAUGCAGUCCAAGCCAUAUCCGAAUACCGGACGCACUUCGUUACACCCGAGGUAGAGCCAACGACGCCACCCGAUAAGUUGAAUCGCUUCGGAUUGUGGGAACGGAGGGACAUGGGAGAAUCUCGUGACGAGGCUGCCUCCCAGGGUUCUUUUGUCUCCGAGGUCCAGGGCGCCGAUGGCGCUGAGCCAGCCGACUUUGCAGCAUCCAAUCCUUCUGCAGCCGGCGACGACAGACAUUCUGUGGAUUGCGCAGGCGCUGGCAAGGACACGGCUCCCCGGGGGUCCGUCAGUGCCAAGGCUGACAACGACGCCAGCAAGCGCUGGAAAUCCGGUGCGAUUCCCACUGCACCUGUCUUCGACGGAGACGUGGAAGGUGAUGCUGAGCUCGAGCUGGAGGAAGUGGAGGACAGCCGAUACGAUUGUGAGGGGGGCACUAUUCGUGAGUACGAGAGCAUUGGGCGCUUACAGAGUGAGUCUGUGAAUGCCUUCAUUCGAUUUCGCUUGUUGGAGCGCAAGAUGCAGGAAAGCAAGGAAAGGGCAACGGCGCAGAUCCUUCUUGCCGCGGGCAACAAGUACGAGAUGAAGGGCGUUUUGGACGCUCUGCGGGUGCACUACCCGACGGUCUCGAGGGAGGUCAAGCUAUGCUCCUUCUUCCUCUUCGUCAUCGGCUACGUUAUCCGGUUCUACUGCAUCGAGGAUGACUAUGACGCGGUCGCUGAAGGCGAGUAUCUCGACAUGGUACCCGAGAACCCCGAUGAAGACCUCCACGACAACCCGCUGGAGGAUUGUGAGUACGAGGCUGAGGCAGACAACCAAGCCGAUCACCCGGAUGUUGACGCCGACGAGGCUCCCGAGCAGGAUGAGGGAGCCGAUGAGAACAACACCGAGGGCCCCAGUGAUGAUGUUCAGGCUUUGCUGUCUGCAGCCCAGGCUCUUACGGUCACCUCAAAGAGAUUGGCUGGCUUGGUACAAGCGAGAGGAUUUUACCAGGCGGGAAAGUCCAAUUUCGCUGGUUCUCCUAAGGGCUCCAAGGGCCGCGGCAAGGGCGGCGAGUCCAAGGGCAAGGGUGUCAGUGGCAAAGGCGGCGGUCAUGUUUUUCCUGGCGGCAAGUUUAAGGGCAAGACUGACAACGGCAAAGGCGCCAAGGUGAGCACGUCGCUGCACCGCUCAAGGCUGAAGGGCUGCCUGUGCCUCGGAUGUGGAUCUCCCGAUCACUGGAUCAAGGGUUGCCCCAGCUUUAACGUUCACAAUGCACAGGUUUCAACUGCCGGCAUCGAACUCGACGCCGAGGGCAAUGUCGUUGCCGAAUGCUGGAUGGUUUCAGCUGAGCCGGGCGAGGAAAAGAUCGUGCGACUUCCAGCCCUCAGUCCUGAAGAUGCCUCCUCCUCUGACUUUGCCCAGUUGCAAGACUUGGCACUUGAGUACAUUGGUUGCUCUGAUAAGAUGAACCGGAACCCUUCGAUCCUUUUGAAUUACCACAACUUUCAGAAUGCGGCUUUCAUGAUCGCAGACACGGGUUGUCAAAGACAGGUAGCUGGGCAGGCAUGGCGCACUCAGAAGGCACUUGAAGUCAAGCCGCUACAAGCAAUUGCAUUGGACGAUUCGUGCCAUUUCAGCUUUGGGCCAGGUCGGCCGCUGCGGAGUCAGGGCCGAUUUGUCUACCCAGUUGACAUUGGAAGUGAAUUGUUGACGCCGCUCGUUCGGUGCCUCAUGCCCUCUCCAACAUGGUUGAUCAGCUGGCGGAACAUGAUGGCGCGGCUGCUCGAGUUCGUGACAUCGGUGCAGCAGGCAGUUCUCUUUUGCUCAGUCAUAAGCCUGAAGCCAGCUCUCCGAGACGCCGUUCUUCGCACUCAUAUGGUGCCAAGCACAGCAGCCACUAUGCUGUCGACGAGUGCAGCGAUGGCAGCGAAAAAGGCGCUCAACCUGGACCGAUGCACGAAGGAUCCACAUCGGGAAGGUUGUCACUUCUUGAUUGAGAACCCGGCGGGCACUCCCUUCUGGGAUCACCCAGCACUACGGCGACUGCGCUCCGUCCCCGGGGUGACUUUGCAAACUGGUCACAUGUGUCGGUUCGGACUCAAGGACAACAAUGGCCUCUUGCUGAAAAAGCCGACCUCAUGGCUUUCGGAUCUCCCAGAGGUCCUAAUUGAGCUCGGUGGCCUUGCAGUGCGAAUGCGGUCUACACUUCGGAUCUAUGCGAGGCAGUUAUUGAUGGGCUGGAGAAGUCCCUGGCUGCCCAUGGUGACGAGCUUCUGCAGCAACUAUGCUCAGGCAGGUGAGGACUCAGCUGCCGAGGUGUUGUUUGUGGACGUCAACCGGCGCACCGAUGCUUGGAAACCUUUACUUCAGGAAGCAGAGGAAUGCUUGCGCGGCAAGGCCGCGCUGUCCGCCAUUGUCAAGGCGGCAACUCCGCUGUUCGAAAAGAUCAGGACCCUGGUGCCCAGGACGAAGCAGACGGAGGAGCUAGAUGCAGCUGAUGCUCUUCAGCCCUACCAGGCUGGGUGUCGGGAUAUCACUUUCCCGGGGCUGGACCGAGAGAAACUUUGGUUCGUCACUUGGUUCAUGCAGGUAUGUCGUCGAGUUGCUCCUCCACGUGCUGCUCGACCAAUCAAGCCUUUCGUGCCGCGCCGCUUCAAUGACCGACUGUCUUUGGACAGUCUCUUUCUAAAGGACAUCCGCGGUGCCAUGUAUGCCUACUUGAACCAGGUGGACACGGCAACGAGCUAUCAAGCUCUGGCUUACAUCGCCAACCGCACGGAGGGCGAGGUCUUGAAGGUCCUCCUGGUCAAUGGUUGGUUCUCCUUCUUUGGCUAUCCUGAUCAACUUCUUCUUGACGCCGAAGGCGCCUUCAAGGGCUAUCCGUUCGAGAGCCUCCAGGCCCAGUGUGGAGUCAAACUUGUUUAUAUUCCAGCGGAUGCUCAUCGUCAGCUUGGUCAUGCGGAACGACACGGGCAGGCCAUUCGCUACGUGGUCAGAGCCUUGGUGUCCCAGUUCGCUCCGACCUCCACCCCGGAGAUGAAUUUGGUAGUGAGUAUGACGACCAUGGCCAAAAACUCCUUGAUGCGACGCAGCGGAAGUACUCCAUCUCAAUGGGUGUUCGGGUCGCCUUCCUCGCCUGCCGGGGGCCCUCCUUUCAACAGGCGAUGGCAAUGGCACAAUACAUUCGUUUCGAAUACGACUCCACCCUCCGCGCGGCUCUCUUACGGAAAGGCCGUCCUUUUCGUGGUCCUUUUGAGGGGACUCUGGAAGGAUAUCGACAAGGAGUGGUGGUUGCCCUUGAUGGAAGAGUGGUGGCAGCCUGGACAACAGGAUCUCGACCUGCUUAAGAAUUUUGAGGAGGAUUUGCCGCGGCACCCGCUAGCCUUUCGAGCCGACGUCGGUGUGUGCGGCGCUGCCCCGGCUGCCGAACCCGAGCCUGCUGAUGUCCCUUUGGACGCUCGCGGUCAACCUAUUCUGGAACCUUCGCCACCUCUGAUGCUGGAGCCCUUGAUGCUGGUGCCGCCUACGCCCCGGACUAUUCCUUCAACGCCAAGAUUGUUGCCGGGCACUCCUGGUGGUGGUCGUGGUGCUCCAGCGCCGUUGGCGUUGCCCCCAGUGCCGGAAGACAGAUCACUCGUACACGAACCAGCCCCAGCAGCGCAGGAUCUCCCUCCAGUUCCAAAACAGUCGUCGGCUACCAGUGCGCAGGAUCUCGCUCCAGUUCCAGAACAGUCGUCGGCUUCCAGUGCUUUGUUGCCCACACGUGGUGAGUCUGUGUCCCGUCCUGUGCCCACACGUGGUGAGUCUGUGUCCCGUGAACCUUGUACUCAGGGCGAGUCGGUAUCACGGCAGGUGACAUCUGAGCGUCGCUCUUCAGGGGGACUGACUUCAGAGCUGGAGCGUUUGAUGGUGUCAGAGUAUCCAGACCAUCGUGGCACCAAGCGUCAAGCUUCUUCUACACCUGAGGAGGUACAGCUACAAGAUGCCCUCUUACGCUCUAUGCGCCCUCCGUUCAGUGAUGCAGCUCUUCGUGAUGACGAGCUUCAAGUUGGCGGCGACGGCAAAGUUCAAGAACGACAAGCCUUCGACGCCAUUCUUCCGCCUGGCUUGAACAAGUACCCUCUGGAUGACCUUGCACCUCCUGUUGAGACUCCUCCUCCACUACAAGCACAAACUUUGAAAGUGGACGUGCGUGACCUCAGUCCUACCCGGCGCCUGGAUGUACUACGUCGACAUGCCAGGGGCUCUCAGUUCCAGGGCGGAUGGGACGGAACACCGCAUGAGCUACAACCAAUCUUUGAGCGCCAUUCGUUUCUCACGGCGGCACACGUGUGUGGCAACCAUGAGGAUCGACCCGGUGUGACCGAGGGCCUGGGAGACGAUCAUGUUUCGUGCUUCGCAACGACAAGUACUACAAGCACUUCGGAGCGGUUGGCCGCGCAACUGCUCAAGCACAAGGUGUGUUUGACCACGACUCCUGACUCCAGCUCUUGGCACGAGAAGUUGACCCGCUACAUUACAUCAUACUUGAAGUACCAUGGGCUCUCCGGGCCGACUACGUCCGUGAGCAUCUCCCGCAACGUACGUGCCCUCCCCCGCCGAGACUGUCACAACGCCAAGUCGUCCAUGCACUAUCACGUGACCUUUGGCGAGUAUGUCGGAGGACGGUUGUGGGUACAGGCGGAUGGCUCUGAGGCUGUGGGUCCCGAUGGCGUGGUGUGGAGGAAGAUGAACGGGAAGCCGGUGGCCGGCUACUACCACGACGCUCAUCAACAGAUCCUGGAGUUCUCUCCCUCCGAUUUGCACGAGACUGAGAAGUUUGCCGGCGACCGCUGGAGUAUUACGGCGUAUAUAUACCACGAGGCCUACCGGCUGACUGCUACAACCGAGGCCAGCGAACAGAUCGCCACGGAGACCUCCGGUGACAAAGGAGACGAUAGAGGCCACGUCCACGAGGCUACAUGUGCCAAGAAGCAGGCGCUGAAGAAGGAGCUACCCUGGAAGGCGAUGACGCCUGAGGUGAAACCCGGCGAGGUGGAUCGCAGUCUUAUUCUCAAGAGCAGGCUUUGCUACCGGUGGAAGCCCAAUGCCGAGGAGGUCUCGCUAUGGAAUGGGGAUUGCAAGUCGGCAUCUUUACAGGGCCGACCAGACGAUGAACGCCCUACGCCUAUUUUUAUGGCUCCUCCCAAGGAUCCCGUUGCCUUGGAGGCUAUCCCGGAGUGGAACGACCCUGCGCUCCUCUACAAGCUGUCUGCUCCAGUUUACGGGCAAAGCAACGCGCCCCGGCGUCUGAAAUGGGCCCGCCACGCGGGCGUGCUGGAUGACGUGCACUCCAAGUUCGAGUGGCGCUCGCCCUGGGUCAGUCGCGACUUCAAAUUCGUGGGACGCCACAUUAAGCAGAAGGACGAUGGCACGAUCACCAUCGAUCAAGAAGGCUACGUGGCUGAAGUUCCGCUUACCAAGACCAAGCUCGACCCGAGCACCCCGUUGAAGGACUACUCCGACCUGGUGACGGAGUAUCGGAGCGGCAUUGGCUCCCUACAAUGGCUGGCGGGCACCACAAGAGGCGACAUCUCCGUGGAUGUCUCCCUGUAUGUCAGGGCGACCCAGGACUCCGUCGUGCGCAUGCACCCCGUGAACCUGACGAACCUCCUCUUCAUCUGCUACGGCGACAGCGGCUGGGGAAAUGCUUGCGGAGGUAAGAGUCAAGGCGGACAACAUCUGGUUUCAAGUGACGACUCCGUCUACACGGAGCCAAGACCGGGCUCUAUCUUCGAAUGGAAAAGCUACAGACAUCAGCGUGUUCUGCGGUCAACGCUGGCAGCAGAAGCUUGUGCUCUGGACAGAGCACAAGACUACGGGAACUACUUGGCCCUGAUGUUCUCGGAGAUGACGGACGGCAGCUUCAUCGCGACCCACAACCAGAGGUGGACAUCGCUGGACUACGAGAGUCAUGCAGAGGACUUCGAUGGGCAGUUUCUUGCGAAUCCCGUGGUGACUUUGACUGAUGCCCGAGCGGCAGAAGACAUGUUCACAGGUGAUGCCCUGUUUGUUCGCGGAUCAAACCACGGAAUGGGACUUAGCAUGUUGAAAAGAAGGCUUGAGCGCUUUGACUGUGAGGUCCGACUGCCGAUCACCUGGGCAGCCUUCGCAGACGCCCUCGGCCCGCUAGACCAGGCUGUCUAUGCUUCCCACAAUGCUGACCUGGACAUCAUUACGGUGCCGGAUCCGUUCUACAAGGACAAUGCUUCCCUCGUCACGAUUCCGAGAAAACUGCUGACGGACUUCCUCCACGAGGCGAGAGCCCACGGACUGAGCGUGAUUCUGGAUGUCCACGCGUACCCUGGUGGCGCUUCUCAUGGUACCUACAAUGGAGUCUGGCCGUUGAAAUGUGCCUUCUGGACGGAGAAGUCACGGAUUGGAAGCACGAGUCUGACGCAGAUCGGGCUCUGGAUCGUCGAUAAACUGGUGCACUGGAUCGAGAAUAUGGACCUGGAGGCGCAAGGCACGAUUGCCGGGGUCACCCUCAUGAACGAGCCCGGUCACAUGAACCGCUGGAAGCAAUUUGCUCCUGACCAGGCCAUCCUGUCCUGGCUGGGAGAAGCAUCGGCAAGAUUUCUUAGCUCACGCCUUCCUGUUGGACUUAAGCUCUACGUGAGCUUGGUCGAGACAGCUUUCCAGGACUUCGGUGGCUUAGCAGUGCCCUGGUACCAGCAGGCUUUCACGUUGGAGGAGCGAAGAACUCGGGUCGUGGCAGAUGUGCACUACUACAUGGCUUGGAACCAUGGCAACUGCGAUGGGCGCAGUGAUGGACUUGGAGCCUACAGCUGCGGCGCCGACCCUGCCACAUAUGCAGGCACACUGAUACGAAGAGAUGUUUGA